AUUGGAUCCCACAUCUAAGAUCACCUGAAAAAUGUCUGCCAUCGCCAACACCGGAGCGCUCAAGGGCGUCACCAUCUUCAUCACUGGCGCCAGUCGCGGCAUCGGCAAGGCCAUUGCUCUCAAAGCGGCGCGCGAUGGUGCCAACAUUGUCAUUGCUGCCAAGACCACCGUCCCGCAUCCCAAGCUCCCCGGCACCAUUUACACGGCGGCAGAGGAGAUUGUUGCCGCCGGCGGUCAGGCUCUGCCCUGUGCGGUCGACCUUCGCAACGACGACCAGCUCAACGAGGCGGUCAAGCAAGCGGUGGCCAAGUUUGGCGGCAUUGACAUUCUCGUCAACAACGCCUCCGCCAUCAGCCUGACUGGCACCGCCGAGACGCCCCUGAAAAAGUUUGACUUGAUGAACGGCGUCAACGCUCGCGGUACCUACUCGGCCUCGCAAGCCUGCUUGCCUUACCUCAAGAAGAGCAAAAACCCGCACAUUUUGAACAUUUCGCCGCCGCUGAACAUGCGCCCCAAGUGGUUCAAGAACCACGUCGCAUACACCAUGGCCAAGUACGGCAUGUCGAUGUGCGUUUUGGGCAUGUCUGAGGAGUUCCACGACGACGGCAUUGCUGUCAAUGCUCUUUGGCCGCAAACUGCCAUCUCGACCGCUGCCAUGGACAUGCUCGCCGGUGGCGAGGCCGACAAGGUGUGCCGCAACACGCACAUCAUGUCGGACGCCGCGUACGUCAUCCUCACCCAGAACAGCCGCCAGGCCAGCAACACGGGCAACUUUUACAUUGACGAGGCUGUCCUCCAGCGUGCCGGCAUCAAGAACUUUGACCAGUACGCGUGCGUCCCUGGCUCCAAGCUGAUGCCCGAUUUCUUCCUCGAGGACCACGACAACGCUGCCGCUCACGAGUCUCUCAGCCAGAUUGGCGGUCGUACUCCCUCCAUUGAGGCGAACGCUCGCGCAUCGCUGCAUUCGGAAAAGGCUGCCGCCACUGCUGCUGCCCCGGCUGCUGCUGCUGCUGCUCCCGCUUCCAAGCUGGACAAGAUCUUUGUCGGCGUGCGCCCCGCCCUCUCUUCCGCCAUUGUUGAAAAGACCAAGGCCACGUUCCAAUUCCAAGUUGCCCAGAACGACGGCUCCACUGGCUUGUACUACAUCGACCUCAAGACCGGCUCUGGCGCGUCCGACAAGGGCGAGAUUGCCAAUCCCGACGUCACCAUGAUCCUGUCCGAGGAUACCCUGGUCAAGCUGUUCGCUCGCGAGAUCAAGCCCACUGCCGCCUUCUUUGCCGGCAAGCUCAAGAUCAAGGGUGACAUGACCAAGGCCAUCAGGCUCGAGACCCUCAUGACCACUGCCAAGCUUUGAGAGUCUGCCCUUUCGUUUGUUUUGAGUGUGAAAUAAAACCAACGCUUUUCGUUCCUAGGCUUUGCUUCGUUGUGAAAUAAAAAUUGAAUCCUAAUGUUACA